ACGCUGUCAAAAAUUAUUUCAGUCACUAUCCAAAAUGUUUUUCUUGUAUGGUAAGGAAAUUUUCAUAGGUUAUCAUUAUACUUAUUCUUUGUAGAUUCACGUCAAAUAUAUACACACAUCAUCGUAUAUAUUUGACCUGAUACUGCUGCUGUUUAGUCUCUCGUGUCUUCUGUAUUUUAGUUUGCCUAAUGUUGAAGCACUCGGUGUAUAAGGUGCGACGAUUACCUCAGCAAAUACAUGAUCAAACAUGUUUCACUAUGAUAAUUCUCAGGUUAUCGCGGGAACGGCACCUGGGACAAUAUUGAGGACAGGGUCACCAUUUUCGUUUUGUCUGUCUGGCAGAAUGGUGCAGUCAAGUAAAUAUGUAUUCAUCGAGAUGGUUCGCGUUGAAGGUGCAGGAAGGGAUACCCCCACUUAAACUCCAGUCAUUUCUAGAUCGAUACGCAAGUCAUGUCAGUCCGCACGCAAUCCUUGAAAUUUGAACUUUGCAACAUGGGAAUUCAUCCGAUUACUAAUAUAUGACGUUUGUUGACUGGAGCAUGUAAUCUCGAUAGGCCAUUUAUUGUUUCCCAUUCUUUGGCAGCACAUGAGCAAAUAGACUUGGGGGAUCGGAAUUGCUUCUGGUCACUCGGAGUGCAUUGUCUUCAAGUGUCCUUCAAAUGGUUUAAUGCACAUUGUUCCAUCAAACUGAACCGUUCUUUCCGCGCUCGAUUAGUCUGCUCAUUGGCUUUAAUCUGGAUAAGAAGUGGAAAAAUCGAAACUUAUCGCUGGGCUGACUCGAGCUAGUUUCUUCAAUCGGUUGACUUUUUUUCUAAGAAUGCAAUGUAUUAAACUUAAGAACAUAUGAAAACCCUUGCCUGCGAGGAAUAUACCCCUGACUCGAUCGGCUGAAGACCAAACGAACGAGUAAUCAUGGAUGGAGCAACACUCAUAUUCGCACAUUUUCCAAUCAAUUGGUUGUUGUUUGGGAACUAAAUGUCCCUUUCCUAUAUCUUUCUUCUUUCUGCAGUUAUAAUGAUUCUGUGUGUCGAUAGCACGAAGCAAAUAAUGGCAUUCCCAGCAUCUACAUCUUCUUCAACAUCAACAACCACCCUCCUCGGUCUUCAACAACUCAGAACUAUCGCAUCAAGGCUUGUCACUGAUUCCAGAAAUAUAUGCCAAAGAUUUGAAAGGAAUAGAUUAGAAGGGGACGUAUCAGGAGGAGAACGCUGCCAAGAUCCCACUACUUCAGUGACGCCACUCUCGCCAUUGACACUGCUUUUUAUGUCGAAACAAUCAAUUCUAGCAACGCUAAAGGUGAAUUUGGGAAAGUUAGUCGAACCACUGCAUGACAUGACAGAAAGAGAGACUCGGUGGCCAGGCCUACACAGAUUUUACAUGUCUUUCGACGGCCAGAAGGGAUUUGAAGACCUCGAAAACGAUGUCACAGUACUCUUUAACGACAUAGAAGCAAGGAUAAGACUGGCAGGGCCAUCUACGGAGCCAGCUCUUCCACGAAUUGUCCUCAGUGAGGUGGACUACAACCCCGUUAGUAGUGGUGCAGUGGAUACUGACAGAGCCAAUCACUUACUCUUAAGAACUCUUGUGACAUUUUCGCGCCAACUACGCUUGCUGACAAUGACGUACAUUCGGAAAGAAAUGCAAGAACCUUCGUGACACAACGGGUAUUAACCAUCGAUAUCAAAAUACUGGAUAGAGCUCGUUGUAUGAUGCCGCACACGCAGACGACCUUGAAGCUACAGGAAAAAGUACUCCAUGACAUCAUCAACAGUGUAUGGGGGCCAGAUCAACCAUGUCACCACGAAAGAACAAGCGUAGAGAGUGGAACUUUGUGCGCUCGACCCUUUGGGGGACAUUAAAGUGUUUCCAGUGGACCCAGUUAAGAGUGUGGUAUUACUCUAUCCAUUUUACAUUAUAUCGAUGGUAUUAACGUGCAGAAUCGGUUGAAAGGGAUCAUGGGAGCGGGGCGUGGCCAUUGGACUCCUACCUAUUUAUUAUCUCCAUUCUUGAUAUCCCAUCUGCUGCAUGUGCAACAGCAAUAAUUCCUUAUUUAUUGAAAGUGUGUGAGGGUGAGUGAGUGUGCAUCUGAAUAUAAUGAUGUUCGGAUGGAGAAGCUGGUAUUCGCAUACAUGAAUUUGUGUUUGUAUCAAAUUUGAUGUCUUAUUUAACGACUUUCCAGAGUGCUUGUGUCAUCUCAGAUGUUUUAUUUAUGAAUUUAUAUUGUAAACUAUUACUAUUGUGUGUAUAGAAAUCUAUUCCAAAAUAUCAUUGUAUUUUUAAAUGUAUAUUAUAAAUUCAGUGAGUUGUAUUCAGUCCAUAUUUUAAAUGAUUGAGUUGGUAAUUCAAGCCUAGCGUUCCACCUGUUAUUAUAGUGGAACGGAGAAAAGGAACAUGAGGACUGUCAUAGCUAAUAAUGUCAGAAUAAGCCUGAGCGGAUAUUUGCAAUACAUUUCCCCUUCUAAUGUAACAUUGAAUGUACGUGAAUCAUUUUCUCAGUUUGGGUAUGGAUAGGAACCCCCUAAUAUAUGCAUCGGAAGAAGAAUGAAAACUGUUUCCGAGUUUUAAAGGGAAAGUUCACCCUAAGUAUAAGUUUGUUUAAAUCAAAGCGCAGAGAAUAGAGAAAACAAAAUGGUAAAGCUUUAAUGAGAACCCGUCACGGGAUAAGUGAAUUAUCAAAGUUCUUAGACAUCACAGACGAGCAGCUCCUAUUAUGUUGUGUAAUAUAAAUUCAAAAGUUUCCCCCUUUAUCAAAAAAAAUUGAAAGUGAUUAUAUUUAUACAGAAGAUCAUCAGAC